CGCACUUUCCAGAGUGAAUCGGUUUUACACCUUAGUGAUCGCAACUGCAGCUACUCAUACUUGCUCCUUUUAUCAAAGCGCCCCUUUCCGCGCUUUGUUUCGUGGAUCAGCUGUGCAUGGACCUAAAACCCCACCCGAUUAGGAAGGAACGAAGGGGGAAAACGCAAUAAUGACCGCAAGAAAAUAAGAGGCUUUAAAAACAAUUAACAUUCUGUAAGGCGUCUAAUCAAAACACCGCCGUUUAUAUUGCGACCCUUUAGGACUGAAACGGGUCACAUCUUCGCAUUCCUCCCAUCUGAUAGCGGCGGCGGCGAAGACAUCCAGUCAGUUGAUAUUUUGCUACCCUAGCCACUCUCUCAAGAUGAUAGCCCUUUUUAACAAGCUGUUGGACUGGUUUAAACAGCUAUUUUGGAAGGAGGAGAUGGAGUUGACACUGGUCGGUCUGCAGUAUUCGGGGAAAACCACCUUCGUCAACGUAAUAGCGUCAGGACAGUUCAGUGAGGAUAUGAUCCCUACAGUGGGCUUCAACAUGAGGAAGAUCACCAAGGGCAACGUCACCAUUAAGCUGUGGGAUAUCGGGGGUCAGCCUCGAUUCCGGAGCAUGUGGGAGAGAUACUGCAGAGGAGUCAGUGCCAUUGUUUACAUGGUCGAUGCUGCAGACCCAGAGAAGAUUGAGGCCUCGAAGAAUGAACUACACAACCUCCUAGACAAACCCCAGCUACAGGGGAUCCCAGUACUGGUUUUGGGGAACAAAAGAGAUAUUACGGGUGCCUUGGAUGAGAAGGAGCUGAUUGAAAGGAUGAACCUGUCAGCCAUCCAGGACAGAGAGAUCUGCUGUUACUCAAUCUCCUGCAAGGAAAAAGACAACAUUGAUAUCACACUACAGUGGCUGAUCCAGCAUUCCAGAACCAGGAGGACAACAACAUGAGGCCUCAACUUACUGGAUGACCCCUCCUCCUCCUCCCCCCUGCAGGACCACAACUCCAAGACCAACCGUACCCCUCCUUCUCAUCUGCUCUCUCCUCUCCCCCUCCUUUCCUUCCGCUCCUCCCUCCUCUCAUCGCUCUGAUCCAUUUCUAGUCCCUUUGUUUCACUCCUACCCUCUUGGUAUACACAGAUCUGAGAGGAUUGGAUAGGUGUGAGCAAUAUGGCCGAAUAUGGAGCCAUCACCACAAUGCUUCUUCUCGGAUCUGCGUACAUGCAAUGAGUAGAGGCUAAGAGAAGGGGCAGUCCUGUCAUCUUCAGGUCACCUUCCUUUUUUUUUUUUUUUUUUUUUAGCUAUCUGAGAUCCCUACAUGUUACUCUUUAAAAACACCCGCCCCCUUCCCCCCUACCUGAUUCUGUUCUUGUAAAAGAGUGUGAAAAAUUAUGAUUUGCACUGUUUGAAUUGUUUUGGUAUGCAUUUUUUUACACCGUGUACUUCAGGUUGGAUAAUGUUGACUCUUGACAGUCACCCACUGAGUAGGUAUUGUUUGCAUUGACUGUUGUUUAUUUAGUUUUUUAUAUAUAUAUAUAUACACUAUACUUGUACAGUGUGGGUCUGAUUGGAUGAGAUUUUGGUCAAUGAGGUAAUAUAUUUUCACUUGCUCAAAUGAAUCAUGUUAGCCUGUCAUUCAAAGUUAAAACUACUCACACAGACACUCACUCAUUCUGUAGACUAACCUGUAGCUUCACAGCUGUUCCCAUAGCAACAUGGUGGCCAUUUUGGCUCUUAACCUGAUCAGGUGAUCAGCUCUGACCAAUUAUUUGUUGAGAUUUAUUGGACACAGUCAUUACGCCUUUCUCUUGCAUGUUUAACCUAACUGAAAGGUGAAGCAUUUCACUACAAUCUGAAGGAUACAUAAGUUUAAUACAUAGGUCAGCUCACAAGUUAGCAAAACUGAGAUGUCAUAUAUAUAUAUAUAUAUAUAUAUAUAUGACAUUACAGGAAAUUGUUCCAUGUUGAUGCAACAUAAAUCAAUAAAGUUUCACACAGGUUCGAUAUCCUUGACAAUAAGUAAACCAAUGUGUUGGUCUUAAGCAAACAUGUUCACCUUAAGCUGUUUGAAAAGCAGUACUUUCUCAUAUCACAGUCAAAGUCUGUUCCAAUUCCAAAUGCAAAACAAUGUAAUAUAAGAUUUGAUAUCGUGUUAUUUGGGGUAGAUUUGGACCCUGCUUUGAGUUGUACAUAUUCUCACCAAUAUCAGUUUGCAGCAUUUUACUUGAACCCUUCUUUUUAAAAGUCCUACGUGACACUGUCAUAACAGUCAUGUCUGCUGAUGGCAACUGAUGAGUUGGAGAGGUCAGAUGGAGAGAUCAAGUAAAGUGUAACUAUUGCAACCAGACACUUUAGCUAGCUAUCCCUAAUGUUACUUAGCAACAUUUUGAAUGGGCUAUUCCUAUGUCACCUCACAUUAGCAUGCAUUGACAUUCACACGCUUUUCCGUCCGACAUGUAAUCUCACUAAAACACAUGUCCAUGAAUUGUGAUGAAUGCUACAGUACUUGCCAUCUCGUAUAACAUGUUUAUAAGGCCAUAUUUGACUCUUAGUGUUUAGGUUUUCUUUUCAUGUCUUAACUUUGAACAUAACCACGAAAAAAAAGACGCAAUACAACAAUUCAAUACUAAAAUCAGCGGUAUGCUCUUUAAAAACAUCUCAUAGAGCACAGAAAGGAUGUAAAGCACGCAAUAUCCAACUUGUAUAUUUUGUUUCCAGUGGGUUUUGUCUGAUUAUUCACUCCCUGAAUAUGAAUCUAGCCAUUGCCUCCACUAACCGUUCCUCCCUGUUGAAUGUGGAGGUUUCAGCUCAGCCUUUAGUUUAGUGCCAUGUACUGUACUGUACUGUACUGUACUGUACUGUACUGUACUGUACUGUACUGUACUGUACUGUACUGUACUGUACUGUAGCUAUAGGUUGCAUACUAGUAGUCUACUGUUGUUUCCUCCCCCCUUUUCCCCUUUCCUACAUUCACACAGAUAUGAAAGAACUAGACUGGUUAAAAGAGGCAUCCAUCCACCAUAUUGCUUUCACACGUCCUCUCUGUCCAGAUCAUUUCAGGUUGAGCCGAGGAGUUGAUCCGAGGAAGUCCCUUUUUAGAGUAUUGAGAUGCAUCCCCGGUCCCGUUCUUCACUUCAACGCCUCUCCAUAGGCUUAAUACCUGUUUAAGGUUGCUAGUCGUUAUUUGACAUUGGACGUUUGUACCUGACGGAAUGUACCAUGGGUGAAUUGGUUUGUUUUAACACAAAGUAAAAAUGGUCUUGUCUCUAAAAUGAAGUGAAAGGUGUAAUUUGUUCCACGAUGCACCUGGCUACAGUGACUGACAGUGAUGUGUUUCAGGGUUAUUGGUUAACAGUGACAGUACCUCUUCGUCUUGGUUUCUCUGCCUGAGAAUAGGAGUCUCUCACCUUAUGCUGAACAGGCCUGGUUGUGUUGGGUUUUAUGUGUGUGGGUUCAGAGAAGUCUGGUGCCAGUCUGUUUCCUUACGGAAUUGUCAUGUAAUGUUUAGAUUGACAAUGGAAUUGGCAAAAGCGCAAACCGAUCGGGGACCAGGUUCAGAGUACAGUGAAACAGAGAGAACUCACAUCAUGACUGUCUGCUGGAAUUAUCUCAGCCUUUAUUUUAUUUUUAAAAUUUUAAAUGUAAAACAAAAUCAUUUUCGUUUCAGUUUCAUGCUUUUUGGGAGAAUAUACACAUUCCUGAUGAAAAGGAAUCAGCACUAAGAAACGGAGUUCUAUGUACUAGUUGUUUUUAAUCCUUUCAGAUAGGAUCUUGUACAUAGCGACUUUCAACCAAAACAACUCUCCUGAAUAUCAGGCCUGAUGAAUAUGGCUAUUCUUUUAAUACAAAACUAUACACACUUUUCCUACAGCGGCUGUCUGCAGGCGUAACGAGCUGUUAUGAGAGCCAGGAUGUUAUCCUUGUAGCAGUCUUCUGAAUGCAUUGUGAUAAAGUGUAUGUCAUUCUUAUGGGGUGGGGUGGGGGGCGGGUGGUGAUGGCUUGUCUGUGUCUCUGUCUGCUGUGAGCGAAUGUGUGAUUUUUGAUGAGUGGGUGGUGCGUCGUUCCCAGUGGUUAGUACCUCCUGAACUACUAUGGUGCGCCAUUCUCAGUUCUGAAAUACAGCUGCAGUUGAGAAGCUCAAAACUGUUAAGUUUCCUCGUUCUCUUAAUACAUUAUCCAGAGUGACUUCCAGGAGAACUUAGGGCACAUUGACUGAUUUUUCACUUAGUCGGCUCGGGGAUUCGAACAAACAACCUUUCGGUUACUGGCCCAGUGCUCUUAACUACUAGGCUACCUGCUGUAUUCAUACAUAAAAUACAUGAAACCAGGCUGACCAAUUGCCUCAUGAAAGACCAAUGAACCACAUGAACAUAUUAAAUAUAUAGUUUCAUAUUGGCACAUAUUGAAAUAUUUCCAUCAUGGUUCAUGAACCUCUUUGCAGUGAACUACAGUAAACCAAUCUCUGCUCCAUGAUCCCAGCAUAAGGAAGAGAGUGAUCCACAAAACUCUUGAAUCAAACCUCCCAACCUGCUGUUGGUGGAGCUCCCACGGACAAGCGACAUGGUUAGACAGUUGAACUAAAGGCCACAGUGUGAAUGUACAACAACAACAAAAAACAACGUCUGAUCUUUGCAAUUUCUUCUUUUGAACUAUUCUUUUGAUUUCAGUUGAUGUGGUCGACGAGGUGGGACAAAACAUAAAGUCCAGGUGUCUCUCAUCACGAGGACCCCACGUGACUUUAAUUAAUGUAUCCUCAUUUUCUGUCCUGUCAGUGACCUCUCUGUAUGUGUCGCUAUUGUUAUCUUGAGAUGAAGAAUAAAAUAAAACUGUCCCACUCUGUAAACCCAA